AUGGCGUUGUGCGAGGUGCAUCGAUCGGCCACCGUGGCCUUCGCGCCAACGGAGCCGCUUAUAGCGAUGGGGACUAUGGCGGGGGCCAUCGAUCUCUCCUUCUCCUCCUCCGCCUGCCUUGAAAUCUUCCGCCUCGAGUUCGCAUCCACCACCGCAUCCGCCGACAAUCCCGCCGCGUCUGCCGCCUCCUCCGGCGGUGGGGUCAGCCCGGCCGGGACUUUUGGGAACGCCGCAGACGUGUCACCGGACGAUUUUUUCGGCGGACUUGGCAGCCCUGACCAAUCCGGAGGCAAGGCGGCUGGCGGAGUCGCGGGAGGCGCGGGGGCGGCGGGCGGGCGGUCGGAUCUGCCGUCGCUGGGGGCGGCGACGGCGAGCGAUCGGUUCAAUCGGCUGUCGUGGGGAUCGUGCGGCGUGGAUCAGUCGGAGGCGUUCAGCCAUGGCAUCAUCGCGGGCGGACUGGUCGAUGGCACCGUCGCUCUCUGGAACCCCGCGCGCAUCAUUAGCGGCAAGACGGGCGACGGAGAGGGAGCUCUCGUCGCCAAGAUGUCCAAACACAAGGGCGCGGUGCGCGGGUUGGAGUUCAACCCAGCGGCGGCCAACCUGCUGGCGUCAGGCGCGGAGGACGGAGAGCUCUGCAUCUGGGACCUCGCCAACCCCGCCGCGCCCUCUCUCUACCCCUCGCUCAAGGGAGCGGGGGGAGGGCCGCAGGGGGAGAUAUCGUGCCUGGCGUGGAACCGCAAGGUGCAGCACAUCGUCGCCACCACCUCCUACAGCGGCCUCUCCGUCGUGUGGGAUCUCCGCAAGCAAAAGCAGGUCAUCAGUUUCGCGGAUCCAGUGAGCAGGAGGAGGUGCUCGUGUCUGCAGUGGAACCCCGAGAUCGCCACACAGCUCAUCGUUGCCUCUGAUGACGACCGCUCGCCCUCGCUGCAGGUGUGGGAUCUGCGCAACGCCAUGUCGCCUGUGAAGGAGCUCACCUCGCACACUAAAGGAGUGUUGGCCAUGGCGUGGUGUCCCAGUGACAGUGGGUUGCUGCUCUCAUGUGCCAAGGACAACCGCACCCUCUGCUGGGACACGUCUGUCGGGGAGGUCUUGUGUGAGCUACCAGCAGGCACCAAUUGGAAUUUCGACCUGCAGUGGUCGCCACGGGUGCCGGGGCUGCUCUCCGCCUCCUGCUUCGACGGCCACGUGUCGCUCUACAACAUCGAGUCCGCCAGCAGCAAGGAGUCGGACUUUGGAGCGUCGCUGGCCAACAGAACGCCCAUGGCAACAUCCCGCGCGCCCAAGUGGCUGAAGCGGCCCUGCGGAGCAACGUUUGGCUUUGGCGGGCGGCUGCUGUGCUUUGGAAGCAAGGCGGGGCAGGCGGGGCAUGGGGCGCAGGUGGCGGUGCACAGCGUGGUGACGGAGGAGGGCGUGGUGGCGCGCACUGACGAGUUUGAAGCCGCCGUUGCAGGCGGCGACAGGGAGAAUCUGAAGGCGUUCUGCCAACACAAGGCACAGCUCGCCACCGCACCAGAGGACAGGGAGACGUGGGACUUCCUCACAGUGCUCUUUGAGGACGACGCCCGUCGCAAGCUGCUGGCGCACCUCGACUUCCCGCCCAUCCACAUCCCCAACCCCACCCUCCCUCCUGCCGAAGACCCCGCCGCUGCUGAAGCCGAAGCAGCAGCAGCAGCAGCAGCAGCAGCAGCAGCAGAGGGAGCGGCGGGAGGAGAGGCCAGAGCAGAGGCAGCGGCAGCAGGCGUGGGAGGGUUGUCUCUUGACGGGACCGCUGGUGGUGCUGGUGGGGAUGGGGCAGGGGUUGUGGGGGGAACAGGGCUGGAUGGGAUCCCGUCUGCUACAGGCGAUGUUGACUUCUUUGACAAUCUUGCCGGCAGCUCCACUCCCCGCGCCACAGCCGCCGCUACAGCCGCAGCAGGGGCAGCAGCAGGGGAAGCGCACGGGGAAAACGGGGAUGUCACCGGGGAGGGAGCAGGGGACGGGGAGGCGGACGAGGAGGAGGAGGAGGAGGAGGAGGGGGAGGAGGAGGGAGGAGGGGAGUGGGAGGGGGAAGUCCAGAGGGCGUUGGUGGUGGGGAACUAUGAGGCGGCGGUGGAGAGGUGUCUAGCGGCGGGCAGGGUGGCGGAUGCGCUGGUGCUGGCGGCGGUGGCGGGGUUCAAUUCCGACCUCUGGGCGCGCACGCAGCGCUGGUACCUUCGCCGCCACCGCCGCCGCUCCUUCCUCAAGGUGGAGCAGCGCUGGCACCUGCGCCACCACCGCCGCCGCUCCUUCCUCAAGGUGGGUGGGUGGGCCCUCACCGUGUGGCUUUUGACCACUACUCGGCUUGCAGCCGAUGACCAUCCAGUUAUCCCCCGUCCCGUUCACCAACUCUCCUCGCGUCCCCUUUAUUUGUUUCACCUCCCUCCUUCUCCCGCCCUCUCUCCGCGCCAUUCUUCCCCCUCACCCCCACAGUACGCGCCGAGCCACGAGUGGUCCGUCCUGUGUGACGAGCUGGCAGCGCGGCUGGAAGCAGCGGGGCAGUGGCAGGCGGCGACGCUGUGCUUCAUGUGUGCGGGCUCCAUCGACCGCGUGGUCGACAUCUGGGCCUCGCGCCUGCAGCCCUCACAGGGGUCCCCGCCGCUGCCGCACCUGCAAGAUCUUAUCGAGAAGGCAGUGGUGCUGGGCUUGGCUACAGGACAAAGCAGAGUGGGCGGCAGGUGGGCAGCAUCCCUCGUCUCGGAGUACGCAACUGUACUGGCAGCGCAGGGCCGGGCGGCGGCGGCACAGCAUCUGUUGUCUCUUCUGCCGCCGUGGGAGGAGAGUGUGAAUGACCCGAGUGUGGCCGAGGCUGCCACGGCUGCUGCUGCCUUGAAGGAACGGAUCUACCGCAGCGGACUCG